CCGAGCCCCGAGCCCCGGGUGCGGCGGGUGGGGACCCCCGGCAGGUCCCACCUGCGCCCCAGUUCCUGUUCCUGUUUGCUCACCGGGCUCCCUGCCCGCUACACGUGGCUGAUAAGGGCAGCUCCCGGCGCUGCCCGCAGCUCCUCCCGAGCCGUGGAACGUCCCGCUCCCGUCCCCGGGGAUCGCCCGUGCCCGGGAUCCCGCCAGGAGCAUCCCAUGGCGGGCACCGCAUCCCCAAAACACCGCCGCCGGCUCCGGGCGGGCAGAGCCGCGCAGGGCUGAGGGAAUUCAGGAGGGAGCACGACCCCCCAGCCCCAAUCCCAAUCAAUCCCAAUCCCAUCCCGUUGCAGGAUGGCCGACGGGCACGGCUGGUGGAAGCUGACGUUCCUGCGGAAGCGCCAGGCAGCGCCGCCGGUGCUGUACGAGAGCCCCGAGGCAGCGGCGGCCCCGGGCGGGGGCAGCGCGGAGGGGCCGGGCCCGGAGGAGCCCCCCGGAUUCGCCGCCCGCCUCGAGAAGAUCGUGGACAAGAGCACCAAGGGCAAACACGUCAAGGUCUCGCACUCCGGGCGCUUCAAGGAGAAGAAGAAAGUGAGRGCGACGCUGGCCGAGCAUCCCACCCUGUGCGGGGCCGGCGAGCGGGAGGAGCAGUGACCCGGCCGGAUGGCGACCUGCGGCCACCCCGGGAACGCCAAAGCCGAAGGACACAGGACUCAGGAUGGAGUUUAUCCGCGGGAUAAGCCCGGACCCUGCAGGAUUGAGCCCGGGGCAGAGCGGAGCGGAGCCGGGCGCUCCCCAGCGCGGACUGGUUCGUACUGGGAUGAGGACACUCCCCACGCACAGCGCCCGGCCCUGCCCCAAUCCCAAUCCCAAUCCCAUUCCCGAUCCCCUCCCGUUGUCACUCUGCGGGGCCGGGGCUGUGACAUUUCCCUCGGGGACAAAUCCCCGCGCGGGGACCACGGGGGGCUCCCGGGAGGAGCCGCGUUCGCCACGGAGCCGCUCCCCGCUGCUGGAAGUGCGGAGCUCGCCCCGCGGCUCGGCAGGAUGGAAACCCUCGCGCUUGCUGCUAAUUAACAGUUGUUAAUAAAGCGAGCCCGGGAGCGGCUCCUGGAUCGUGGCAGGGUGGGAUUGCUCGGGAUCCCUGCGGGGCACGGGCGGGAGCGGCGCCAUCGCGGGGAAUCCCUGACCCGGUGAAGGAGGAGGAGGAGGAGGAAGCAGAAGCAGCUCCGGGAAGGCUCCGCGGAUCCCYGAGCCCGGCAGGGCAGCGAGAAAAGGCUCCGGAUCGCUCUGGAAUCCCGCAUCCACCCCGGGGAACCCCUGACCGCCGGAGAAGGGGCCAGGCGGGGCCGGGGUGCCCUCCCAGCUCCGCAGGGUGCGGCCGUUCCUGAGCUCCGCAGCUCCGACAAAAGCCGGACGGUGCCAAAAGCCCGGCCCAGCCCCGGUUUCCCGCACGGCCCGGUGCCAGGGCAGCCCCGGCUCGGUUCGCUCCCAGCCCCCGCCGGUUCCGCUGGGAGGGGGCGCAGAGCGGAGCCCCUCGGCCCACGAACGCCCCUCACCCUGGAAUUCGGGCUCCAAGGAGGGGUGGGAGAGUGGCACCCCCCUGUCCCCUCCUGUCACCCACCGAGGGUCCCACCGGGGGGGACAGUCCCGUCCCUGCACCGCAGGGAACCCCCAGGACAGAGCCGGCCCUGAGCACGAUCCCGCUCCGGGACGGCAAAGGCAGAACCGGGGGGGAUUUCAGGGAUCGGUUUCAGCCAGGGCCGGGUCCAGGCCCGGGAUUCCCGGCUGCUCCGAGCUCCGGCUGUCCCGGGACAGCCCGGCCCUGCCUGGUUAAACUUUAACCCAGUAUUAACCCAAACCCUUCACGCCUCCGCAGAAAUCUCGGUUUAUUUUUGCCAGGCUUGGACAAGCAGCCAGAGGAGGGAACGGGGUGAGGGCUGGGGUCUCACAGCCCUGGGACAAGCCACGACAACGGCGACAUUUUAAAAAUAUUAAUAAUUAAUAUUAAUAUUUAAAUUAAUUCAACACCAGCAAUGACCAACAAGGGAUCGAACACAUUCCACGAUUGCAGACAAAACACGGAGAAAGAGAGCUGACAGCGGCGGGACAGCGACAGGGGUGGCACUGGGGUCACAACGGGACCCUGCACAAUCAUUAACACGAUUAAUUAACCACCGGCAGUGAUCACAGACCGAUUUGGGGA